GCUGGCAUAACUGGUGAGGCAGAAGAAACACUGAAACCACUUCCCUUUUCCAGUCUAAUGAGUAAUGCUUGUUGUGUAAGUUUCAUUUUCAGCUAAACAAAGAGUUAGACCUGCUCUCACACAGAGACAGAAAUCUGACAGCAGCAGACUAACGCAGGAUGAUGAAGAUGUCAGGAGGAGUCUUCAGUUGCUGUGUAGCUCUGUUGCUUGCCCUGACCUCCGUGUCAGCUGUACCAAAGCUCAAAUCAAUCAACGAUUUGAAGAAAAUCAACUUUGGCAAAUCUGUGCCCAAGCAUAGUCUUGUGCUGCUCCACUGGUUUGCCAACAUAGUUGACCUUGACAGUAACAAUGUCAUAUGGCUGACCUUUGACCCAAACCGCAGAGAUUAUGGCUCACAUCACUACGGCAACUAUGAGGAGUUGUUGGACCCACUCCCUCGUGGAAAUGUCAGAUACCAGUACUACACUGUUGGAAAUCUAAAUCAAGAAACAUCCAGACAACUUCCCUCUUAUGUUCUCGAUCCCCCAGAUGAGUUUCUGGGAGGAAACAGGGAUAGGAUCAUAAUUAGAGUCCAGGAGCAAAACACAGGACGAGAAGCUUUGCAGAGGAUAGAUCAAGUGUAUAUCACACAGCAUUAUGCCACUUCUGAACAUCAGGGGACAAUUUAUGAUCUAGAUCAUACCUACCUGGUCACAACUCGCCUCUUAAGACAAAUCAGAGAGUUUUCAGUGAGAGAAGAACAACGGCCACUGUUGUAUCUGAGAAACCGCUAUGGAAGUAACGCGGAUGAAUCCUACAUCAGACAAACAUGGGGUAAUCUUGCCUGUCUUGGACUGCUAUUGUUUAUUAUAAUAGAAGAAAAGUCCUCCUCCAACCAACAACACAACAGAAAACCGGAACACAACAACAAAAGACCAGAACACAACGACAGAAGACCAGAACACAACGUCAGAAGACCAGAACACAACAACAGACUAAAAAUCAACAACAGACUGGAAAACAACAAAAGACGGGAAAUCAUCAUCAGAGUGGAAGACGACAUCGGACUGGAAAACGACAGAUCAGAAAACACACAGAGCCGUUGUCGUCGUUGUCGAGCUUUAUCGAUCUGCUGUUUGGUUGGUGGAUUUAUUUUAGUUAUAUUAAUUAUUUUUUUUGUGUAUUUAUAUCAUAAAUAAACACUAGACAUAGCCUGAAAAAAAGGUUCCCACCUCUGGUCUGUACACGGUGUGAUGGUGUAGCUUUCAAGAACAAUAAGAGCCAGUCAAUCACCACUUCAUUGUAACAGUGAAUCAGGCAGUAUGAAGAAGAAGUGUGCAGCCAGGACAGUGAGUCUAGAUUUUCUUAUUUAAAAAACAAGAUGUGAACUGAAAAUGUAAACACUGGUAUUCAAGCACAUGUAUUCAAAGAGUAUUGUAAUAACACGGAAAGAAGUUUCACUGAAAAAGUUUAACAUUAAAAUUACCAUUCAGUUUGUUU